CCGGCUCUGGGGGAGAAGUGGGACCCAGCGUGCAGUUGUAAAGAAGGCGCGAAAAGAGGCGCAAAGGCGAGUGACAGACCUGCCCUGUGCUUAGCUUCCCAGGACGGUGUUAGCACAGCCAGGUCCAGGGAUUCCAGUUGAGAUCAGUUUGGCAGCCAGACCCGUAUUCUUUCCCCAGGAAGAGCAGCUGUUACCAAGAGCAGCACCAACAAACCUGUGCUUUGGGACAGGACCCAUGGCCUUGAGCCCAGGUUGGAGAGCGUUUACAUCAUUUGCCAUGAACCGCUGUGGUGUCCUUCGGAAGGCUGUGAGAAGCAGUGGUUUUCCCUUGUUUCCCUGGGGCCACUGCCCCUGGAGAGGAACCGGAAGCUUUUUGGACCCUGAGAUGAAAGCUUUCCUGGAGGAGAACACUGAAGUCACCAGCCGUGGUAGCCUCACCCCUGAAAUCCAGCUGCGGCUUUUGACCCCCAGAUGCAAGUUCUGGUGGGAGAGAGCUGACCUGUGGCCCCACAGUGACCCUUACUGGGCAGUCUACUGGCCAGGAGGCCAAGCCCUGUCUAGGUAUCUUUUGGAUAAUCCUGACGUUGUCAGAGGAAAAUCUGUGUUAGAUAUUGGGAGUGGAUGUGGAGCUACAGCUAUCGCUGCUAAGAUGAGUGGAGCUUUAAGGAUCUUGGCCAAUGACAUAGACCCUAUUGCAGGAAUGGCUAUUACACUAAACUGUGAGUUGAACCAACUGAAUCCUUUUCCCAUUUUAACCAAAAACAUGCUGGAUUUGGAACAAGAUAAGUGGGACCUUGUUGUGCUUGGAGAUAUGUUUUAUGAUGAAGACCUUGCAGACAGUCUACAUCAAUGGCUGAAAAGUUGCUUUUGGGUCUACAGAACUCGAGUACUGAUUGGUGACCCUGGGCGACCCCAGUUCAGUGGACAUAGCAUUCAGCAUCAACUGCACAAAGUAGCAGAAUAUUCACUUCCAGAGCCUACUAGGCAGGAGAACAACGGACUGACAACAAGCACGGUGUGGGAAUUUCAGCCUUGAGCUGUUGAGGUACCUCCAAUAUGGAUAUAGCUAUGUUUGGGUUUAACCCUAAAAGACUGUCCAGUUCAAAGAAGGAAAUUUGUGUUAAAUGGCAAAUCUCGUUUCCAAAAUAUGAAGGUUGAAGUUUUGUCACCCUUUGUCAUGUAACUUGUUCGGCAGUAAGCCAAAUUUAGAAAUCUCUAUCUGUAAUUGUUUCUAGUUUUACUGCUAUAGGAAUAUAAUUAUAGAAGGCAAUAUCCACAUGUAAUUUAAGUAGCUGAGAGGAAUUAGAUAUUUUAGCAGAGUCUCUUUCUAUAGUUGAGGACAACUGUGAUGUAUCUUUGAAUUAAACAAAAUAAAAAAUACAGAAGAAUACUAUAUUUAAAAAAAUUAUCUGUUAAGAUCAGAGAUGCAGUUGGUAUGGUACAGAAUACAGUAAGUCCCCUACAUACGAACCUUCACGUUGUGAACUUUCAAAGAUAUUAAAGUGCCCCUGUAUGCCAGCUGUUGUACUGUACUACCAUACUUUUCAAGGUACUCUACUGUAAGAUUAAAAAUGUUUUAUUUUUUGUUUGUUUUUUAUGAUUAUUUGUAUGAAAAGAAGUAUUAUAAACCUAUUACAGUAGAGUACUGUAUAGUUGAUUGUGCUAGUUGGGUACCUAGGCUAACUUUGUUGGACUUACGAACCCACUCUCGUAAUGGAGCUCGUUCAUAUGUAGGGGACUUACUGUACAUGGGCUUCAGAGUGAGGCCACUCUGUCACUUUCUAGUUGGGAUUUUGGGCUAGUUAAGCUCUCUGAGCUUUCAUUUCUUCACCUAUAAAAUAGUAAUAAAAUUUAAUAAACUGCACCUCAAAGGGUUAUUAUAAUUAAUAAAUGAAAGUAUAAAGUGUGUAAUAUAGGAUAAGUACGUAAUAGGGCACCAAUUAAGAAACACAGAUAGGGCUUCCCUGGUGGCGCAGUGGUUGAGAGUCCGCCUGCCGAUGCAAGGGACACGGGUUCGUGCCCCGGUCCGGGAAGAUCCCACAUGCCGCGGAGCGGCUGGGCCCAUGAGCCAUGGCCGCUGAGCCUGUGCGUCCAGAGCCUGUGCUCCGCAACAGGAGAGGCCCCAACAGUGAGAGGCCCGCGUACCACACACACACAAAAAAAACAAAACAAAAAACAAAACCAAAAAAAUAACACAGAUAAAGAUUUUAGAAUUUCCUGCAUACUCAGUACUG